AUGAAGGGACUUCACGGCGGAAUCCCAAUCGCCGUAUUGGCCGCCGUCGCCAGGGCUCAGUACAGCGAGCUCAUCGGCGGCAACAUCGACCAUCAGGUUGACGUCGACGUGCAUCCAAGGCCACCGCAUCAUCAUUGGAGGCCCAGAGCCGAUGGUAGCCAUGCUCACGGCCAUGAUCAUGACCGUGGGGAUGCAACACUUAUCGGUGGCAGCGGGGGUGUUGACAGCGGAAACAGCGCAUCGGUGCCGUCAACAAACCAAUUCUCAUCCCUCUACGAUGAGGACAACAAAGACGACCAUUCCGUUGACAUUGACCAUGAUGUUGACUGGGGAGUCGACAGCGGAAACAGCGCAUCCGUGCCAUCAACGAACCAAUUCUCAUCCCUCUACGACGAGGACAACAAAGAUGACCACUCCGUUGACAUUGACCAUGAUGUUGACUGGGGAGUCGACAGCGGAAACAGCGCAUCGGUGCCAUCAACGAACCAAUUCUCAUCCCUCUACGAUGAGGACAACAAAGAUGACCAUUCCGUUGACAUUGACCAUGAUGUUGACGUAAACCAUGACAUUGAUGUCGAUGUACAUGCGAAGCCACCGCAUCAUCAUCCAAGACCACCACAUCACCAUCCGAGGCCUAGAGCCCAUGGUAGUCAUGCUCACGGCCAUGAUCAUGACCGUGGUGAUGCAACCCUUAUCGGUGGCAGCGGGGGUGUUGACAGCGGAAACAGCGCAUCGGUGCCGUCAACAAACCAAUUCUCAUCCCUCUACAAUGAGGACAACAAAGACGACCAUUCCGUUGACAUCGACGAUAAGUUUGAUCUCGAUCAUAACGUUGACGUCGAUGUGUAUGGAAGGCCACCGCAUCAUCAUCCGAGGCCAGCGCAUCAUCAUUGGAAGCCCAGAGCCGACGGUGGUCAUGGUCACCACCACGAUUACAGUGAUGCAACCAUCAUCGGUGGGCCUAAGGGUGCCGACAGUGGAAACAGCGCAUCAGUGCCAUCAACAAACCAAUUCGCAUCCCUCUAUGAUGAGGACAACAAAGACGACCAUUCCGUUGACAUCGACGAUAAGUUUGAUCUCGAUCAUAACGUUGACGUCGAUGUGUAUGGAAGGCCACCACAUCAUCAUCCUAGGCCAGCGCAAGAUCAUCCGAGACCACCGCAUCAUCAUUGGACGCCCAGAGCCGACGCUACUCAUGGUCAUGGCCAUGAUCAUCAUCAUGGAGACCAUGGGCACGGAGGUCACGGAGGUAAUGGGCAUGUUGAUCAUGACUAUGGUGAUGCAACCCUCAUCGGUGGCACUAAGGGUGUCGACAGCGGAAACAGUGCAUCGGUGCCAUCAACAAACCAAUUCGCAUCCCUCUACGAUGAGAAGAACAAAGACGACCAUUCCGUUGACAUCGACGAUCAGUUUGACCUCACUCAUAAUGUAGACGUCGACGUGCAUGCAAGGCCACCGCAUCAUCAUCCGAGGCCAGCGCAUCAUCAUCCGAGACCACCGCAUCAUCAUUGGACGCCCAGAGCCGACGGUGGUCAUGGUCACCACCACGAUUACAGUGAUGCAACCCUCAUCGGCGGUCCAUCAGGCGUUGACAUCGGGAACAGCGCAGCUGUGCCAUCAACAAACGAAUUCGCGUCUAUCUACGAUGAGCAGAAUAAAGAUGACCAUUCUACGCACAUGAAGGAGGAUGUUGAUGUCGAUGUCGACGUCCAUAAAGGCUCCAAAGGCCAUAUGAAGACUAGGAGACAUGGGCAUGAUAGUGUUGUUGGUGGCCGCUCACACGCCGCUAGGGAUGACCACGACGUCACUAUGGUUGAUGGGCCGUCAGGUGUUGACAUAGGGAAUGCGAUAGGAGGAGACACGGAGAAUGAUACGGGGCUUGGCCACGCAGGUCACGGACAUGAUACUGUCAUCGGGGGAGCGAGUGGCGUUGAUAUUGGAAGUUCUGUGGAAAUUCCGAAGACAAAUACAUUCGCCUCGGCGUAUACAGAGAAGAACGUUGAUGACCACUCGAAGCAUAUUGAUGACUCCAAGAAUAUUGACGAUACGUACCAUAAGUCCUACUAUAAAAAGACCCGGGGUUUGGAGCACGGUGAUGACCACGGCGAUGCGACCGUUAUUGGCGGUGCAAGUGGCGUUGAUAUUGGAAAUGUGGCUGAUGUGUCUUCUACAAAUUCGUUUGCAUCUCGACACGAUGAGAACAACAAAGACGACCAUUCGUUCACGGGCAAAGGGCAGGAGCAUUACAGUAUUGAAGCCCGCGGAGGUCGCGGCUCAGAUACAGUGGUGGGUGGUGGACCAAGUGGUGCUGAUUCUGGUAACGGCGCUUCCGCACCUUUCAGCAGUGGCUUCGGCACAGCCUACUCAGAACAGAACGAGGACGAUCACUCUAUUAGUGAAACGUCUAAGGCUGAUGUGAGUAUUGGAUCCCACGUACGAAAUCAUUAUUGUCACCAUCCCCCUAUGACUGUUACCAAGACUGUUGUGGGUGCUUAUGCUCCAACCGGCCAUCAUCACGCUCCACAAGAAGUUUACGAGUCACAACCUAUGGGUAAUCACAACCCAGCUCCCGCUCCGGUACAUCAGAACAAUGUUGCAGAGUCAUCUUCGCCAAUGGGAAUGCCCCCUAUUCACGGCUCGACCUCUGAGGCUGGAUCUCAUUCGCCUGGUAUUAAUAUACCUGCUGCUCAUGGUAAUGAGGCUGGAACCCAUAAGCCUUCGGGUAACAAGCCUGCUGCUCACGGUGGUGAAUUGAAGCCUAGUCCAGCUGUGGCCCACGCACCCGAAUCCCAGGUCAUAUCUUCUCCUGUCGCUCAUGGAACAGGGAUGGAGGCCGCACCCUCUACGAUUCAUAUGGCCGUGACAUCCACCAUUACCGUCCCUCGAGCGUCGUCCUUCGCUAAGAUUCCAGUGCACGUCCCCGCCAGCUCGGCCGCUUAUGCUUCGGGCGCUGCGCACUCUGCCAAUGCUGCGGUGUCCAGCAGCGUAUACGUGCACGGGUAUCCGUCGAGCGCUGUCCAUAGCGCUAUAGAUUCGAACAUGCCGUCGCCUUCUACAGCCCCAUCGGCAGUCGAUGGGUUGUUCAAAGGUGGUGUUGCUCGUGUCUCACCCAACGCCGGUGUUCUUUCUAUUUGUGGUGUAUUGGCUCUGUUGGCCUAUGUGUUGUGA